CAGACGGUCACAGUAUCGAUCGGGGGAUUUGUCUGCGGAGAUGGAGAAGGAAGAGCGCGAGGAACAAGAAGAUCUCGCGAUCGAUGCGUCGAUCGAUCGAGCAAUUUGACGUGAAAUUGGCCGAGAUCGAGGUCAAAUGCGGACAUAGACAAGUGACAAUCAUCGCGAUCGGAGAAAGAGGCAGAAAAUGAGCUCCAAUUUGGCUCCCGGUUUGAACCGGAAGCUGAGGAAGGUGUUGGAGACACGCACCGAUUCUCCGGAGCUGCUCGCUUCGCUCACCACUUUGUCUUCCUUCUACAAUGAGAAUACAUUGCAGGCUCGUCGAAACUUGCGCUCCACUAUCGAGAAGCGUGGACUUUCCAUCAAUGAGCAAUUUCUCCGAGCAUCCGAAGCCGCACAAAAGGCGUUGGAUGCAGUUGAUCAUGAGGUCAGCGGAUUGGCAGAAUGUUGUGACAGAAUUGCAAAGUCGUUGAGCACUUGUAGUGCCACGACUGGGGACAUUGUGACUGCUACUGAAAGGUUGAAGCUAGAGCUCGAGACAACCACUCAACGUCAGGAUCUUAUUGCAAACUUCCUUCACAAUUAUCAACUCUCACCGGAAGAGGUCAAUGCACUUAGAGAAGAAGAACUUAACGAGAACUUUUUCAAGGCUCUUGCUCGAGUACAGGAGAUUCAUGCCAACUGCAAAGUCUUGCUCCGGACGCAUCAACAGCGUGCUGGCUUGGAGUUGAUGGAUAUGAUGGCUGCCUAUCAAGAAGGUGCUUAUGAACGACUCUGCAGGUGGGUUCAAAAUGAGUGCCGAAGCCUGGGUGAUAACGACACUCCAGAGGUCAGCGAUCUGCUUAAGAUCGCUGCAAGAUCUUUAAGAGAAAGACCUGUCCUAUUCAAAUACUGUGCUGAAGAGGUUGCAAAUACAAGGCAUAAUGCUCUGUUUAGACGUUUUAUCAGUGCACUUACGAGAGGUGGACCUGGAGGCAUGCCGAGGCCUAUCGAAGUUCACGCGCACGAUCCUCUACGCUAUGUUGGUGAUAUGCUGGCUUGGCUUCAUCAGGCACUUGCUUCUGAACGAGAGCUCGCGACAGCACUUUUCAGUUCUGAUGCCAACGCUGUAGUUGAUAGCACUUCCCAACGUUUUACAACUGAUUCUUCAAGACUAGCUUCAAAGACAGCUCGAUAUACCAAAGAAGUGGAAAAAGAUGACGGCAAAGUCGAAGCAGACAUGACUUUUGUUUUGGAUCGUGUAUUUGAGGGAGUCUGUCGUCCAUUCAAAGUGCGAGUGGAGCAAGUCUUACAAUCACAGCCUGGCCUGAUACUGGCCUACAAACUCACCAACCUUUUGGAAUUCUACUCCCAUACUGUUUCAGAUCUACUGGGCGAAAAUGCUGCUCUAUCCGUAACAGUCAGAGACGUGAGGGAUGCUGCUCUUAGAACUUUUUUCGAUAUUUUAAAAGCUCGUGGUGACAAACUUCUACGGUAUCCAUCUUCCGUGGCAGUUGAUUUGUCUCCGCCGCCAGCUGUAGCCGAAGGUGUCUCUGUACUUCUAGAGCUUAUUGACAACUAUAAUAGAAUGAUGGUUCCCGCUGGUGGCAAAAAACCGGACUUCGAGCCGGUAAUCAAUGCCAUUGUCGAGCCCCUCGUACAGAUGUGUGAGAGAGCAGCUGAAGCGUAUGGUCUGAAAUCCCCACUGCCAGGAAUGAGGCGGAUCAACAGUGGAGAGGGUCGCAAGCUCCCGAACUUGUCACCUCCGCCCCGGAGGACCACUUCUGUUGAUACACUAGCAUCUGGACUUUCUUCCUUGCAGUCACAAGGAGUACAUGCCUUCCGGAGAAUAUUCCUGGUUAACUGCUUAUCUGCAAUCCAGCAACCUUUAGUGGGAUCCGAGGUGGCACGCUCCUGUGUAAAAUAUCUUGGAAGUGCAAUCGAGGGACACAUUGCGGGGCUCGUUGAUCAAGAGGUUGGCGUCAUUCUUGAGCGUUGUGGACUUCAAAAGAAAGUUUCAUACAUCAAGGAACGGUCCACGAAAGGUGAAAUUGUGCCGAAGGAGGAAGAAGUGGAUGAUGAGAGACCUAUGGCAGAGAUUGAUGAGAUGUCUCCGACGGCUGUUGCAGAUUCCUUGAAACUGUUCCUAGGGCUUCUAGCCGGUAGCGAAGGAGGACCCCUUCCAGAAUUUGAGCAAAUGCAGGUUCCUCGACUUCGCAGUGAGGCGGCGAAUCAGGUUGCAAGAGCCUUAGCGGAUGCGUACGAAACGGUUUACUUGGCAGUUUUGGAUCCCUCAAAUCGCUAUCCAGAACCCAAAGCAAUGCUACGGCAUACUCCAGAACAGAUUCGAACCAUUCUUGGAGUUUAGUUAACUCCCAUUUUUUAGCCACGAGUUUCUUGAAUAUCCACCCUUCUUUCAAGGCGCCUAAUUCAUUUAUGGACCAUGUCAAGUGACGCACGCCUCGGACUCAUCUGGAUCUUCGACGUCCGCUUGCGGUCCAAACUUCAGAAACGACUGUAGAGCUCCCAGACUCGACUGUAUUCACCCAGAGUCGUUUAGCAGACCGGAUCUCUGGAAACUAUGGACAUGUGUCCAUUCAGGGGUUUAGGAUAAAAGAAGCUGCAUAGACGGGAUAUUGUUCUCUCUGACUACUGCAAAACAAGCAUUGGGUCAUCGAUACUGUCAUACAUGGAGCUCAGCGUAUGCUCACAUUUGAUGCUAUGGUCGGAAACCUCCUCAAGGCACAGCCGUCAAAGUCACCUGUAGUGAAAUUAUUGUUAGUUCUCACGCAAAGUUGCAGUGGCCGAAUAAGAGGUUGGAGAUCCGAAAAUGAGAUUCAUGAGAGAUGUUCAGGAGAACUUGUUCACACUCUUUGCCUCUGUACUUCGUUUCCUAGAUUAAGAGCCGGAAGAAGGUCGACAGAACAUCCCAUUUCUAGCCGGAUACUGUCCUCAUCACUUGAAGGUAACUCCUUCUGGAUGUCGUGGUCGUCCGUUUUGUCUGACUUCGAUGGACAGAUCGUUUGAUUUGCUGUAAUUGAGCAGUACACGUUGUUGUCACCAGUCACCAAGCAUUAUAUAAAGAUCAUUGACUAUCCUUCGGUCAUUGGACUUCACUGGGAAGAGGUCGCAGCCUCUUUCUUUGGAGCUUAUCCGGAAGUUCUCAAUUGAAGACU